AUGUCUGACACUGAAGAAGUUGAACAGGUCGAGGAAUACGAUGCUGUAGAAGAGGAGGUAGUAAAGGCAGUAGAGGUGGCCCCUGAGGCGGCCCAUGAGCCAGAGGCAGAGGCAGAGCCAGAACCAGAGCCAGAGCCAGAACCAGAACCAGAACAAGAGCCAGAACCUGUGCCUGAGUCUGAAGAGGCUGUUGAAGAGGAAGAGGAGAAGCCAAAGUUCAAGCCCAGCGCUCCAAAGAUCCCAGAUGGUGAGAAAGUGGACUUUGAUGACAUCCAGAAGAAACGUCAGAACAAGGAUCUGAUCGAGCUGCAGGCCCUGAUCGAUGCUCACUUUGAGUGCAGGAAGAAGGAGGAGGAGGAGCUGAUUGCCCUCAAGGAGAGGAUUGAGAAGCGUCGCGCCGAGAGGGCCGAGCAGCAGAGGAUCCGCGCUGAGAAGGAAAAGGAGCGCCAGGCCAGACGUGAGGAGGAGAGGCGGAUCAAGGAGGAGGCUGACGCCAAGAAGAAGGCAGAGGAGGAGGCAAAGAAGAAGUCGGCUCUGUCCAGCAUGGGCUCCAACUACAGCAGUCACCUGCAGAGAGCUGACCAGAAGAGAGGAGGAAAGAAAGAGACCGAGAGAGAGAAGAAGAAGAAGAUCCUGGCCGCCAGGCGCAAGCCGCUCAACAUCGACCACCUGAACGAAGACAAGCUGAAGGACAAGAUCAGUGAGCUGCACGAAUGGAUGUGCCAGCUGGAGUCUGAGAAGUUCGACCACAUGGAGAGACUGAAGAGGCAGAAGUACGAGGUGCUCACGUACAGGAAUCGCAUCGAUGAGUUGCAGAAGCACAGCAAGAAGGGAGCCGCAGCCCGUCGCAGAAAGUAGACUGGCUCGUCCCGCCGCUGCUCAGAAACCAAACUGCGAUCGUCUCGGACACACGCCUGAUGAGGCAACGCGCACUGUGGCGAAGGUCGUAGCUCAGAAGAAGAAGCGAGUAACGCUGAGCUUUACCCUGCGGUUACCAACCCACGUCCUGAUACAUGCAACCAGGAGCCUUUAGCUGCUGUUCAAUAGGAAUAAAAAAACUGACCACUAAAACUGAUUCGCCAAUCGUGCUUCCUCACCCUCGACUGUUUGGUUCUCGGUAUUUUUGUAAAUAAAGUUUGACCCUUCAAGCUAUGUCUGUA